AUGGUUGGUAGCAGCAACCAGGUGAAUGAAUGGCAAUCAAUGGAAUUAGUUGUUCAAAAUAUAUCUUUUGAUUCAACAAAACAUGGUAUUGAAUCAUCACCAAAUUCAGCCUGCGUUCUUGGCAAUAUCAAUGAAUAUGAUAAUUCUUCCUCACAUCAUGAUUUAACCAAUAUGGGUUCAUCAACACCAUCCAUUAAUAAUAUUCUGUCUUGCAUCAAGCAAACAAGUACAUGUGAACAAGAUAAAUCUUUUGAAGGCUUCAGUCCAGCACAGCUUAAUGGUAAUGAGUCGCAUUCUGAAACAACAACUGAUAAUGAAAGUGAGAAAAACGAAUUCGAAAGUGAUGUGGAUUGUACACCAUUAUCAAUACCAAAUAUUGGAAAUAUAACUCCAGCUCAUUCAUUGGUCACAUUUAAUCAUAUUGAAGGUGUGAAGUUUAUCACUACUCAAGAAUUAAAUUUUAUUGAUGCUCAACGAGAAAAGUAUCCAUCUAUACAGUGGUUCACGGAAGAUAAACAAAAAAAAGUUAAACCAAGUCGACACUGGUUUUCUAAAGAUCAUUUAUGGCUUCGAGCUGUGUGUAGCAACGGUAUAUAUGGAUUAUUAUGUGUGGAUUGUGGUGAAUUUGCAACAAAUAAAACAUUGAUUGAACGAAGUAUACAACAACAUCAAAAUAGUGAUUUACAUCGAGAAAGUCGAGCACGACGAAUAGCAGCUGAAAUUGUGAAGAAUAAUGGGAAUAUUAUUGGUCAGCUAAAUUGCGUCAAUUUAGAAAAUCAAACAAAAAAAUAUUUAAGUGUUCUUCUCCAAACAUUGUGGUUCAUAAUCAAAGAAGAGAUUGCUCUCAUGAAGUUCAAAUCCUUCGUAGAAUUAUUGCAUAAAGUCGAAUGCCCAGGCGUUGUGGAAUGGCUAAAUUUAUCGAAUGUAAAACAACGAUACUGGAGUCAUGAGGCUACAUCUGAAUGGCUUAUUAGUAUCAACAAUUAUAUUAACCAUCAACAAAUAUCCUCACUUAAAAAAACAGAAUUUAUUAAUUUAAUUAUUGAUGAAACUAAAGAUGUAUCAGUCAAAUCAAUGGUAUGUAUUUGUUUGAGAUAUAUAGAAAAAGAAAAUGGAAUGAUUAAAGAAGAGAUUUUCAAACUUGAAUCUAUACAUGAUCAAAGUGGUGAAGGUAUUUUCUACGUGGUGGAAGAAUUCAUUGAUAAUUUACAGAAGCAGGUAGGUAAAAAAUUUGUUAUUACUGCUCAGACAUAUGAUGGGGCAGCUUGUAUGCGUUUUCAAGCUCAAGGUCAUGUUCAAAGUCGUUUAUCGGCAUGGAGGAUAUAUAUUUACUGUCGUUCUCAUUUACUUAAUCUUAGUGUCAAAGAUGCUAUUGAAUAUUCUUUUUAUGAUGCAUUUGACACAAUUAAAUCGGCACUAAUCUUUUUGAGUGAUAAUCCGAAUAGACUUGAAAUACUAUUUAAUAGUCAAAAACUGACUAGUUCAAGCAAAAAAGGACACAAAGUGCCUAAACUAAGCAUCACUCGGUGGUCUUAUUCUUAUGAAAUUGUGAAAUUUGCUUGUCACCAUUAUUCAGCAAUUAUUUUAGCUUUAUCAACAAUAUCUCAAUCAAGAAGUAAUGGUUCUUCUGAUGGACGUCGUUAUGUAACAGACUUAAUGAAACCAGUAGUUGCUUUCCAAAUACAUUUAUUACGUGACAUCCUUCGUCCAGCCAUGCAGUUCUUAAGACAAAUUGAAAAGCGUGGUUUAUGUUUAGAUCAGUUUGCUUUAAAUGUCAGUGCUGCACGAGAAACAAUCUCACAAGCCAUGAAUAAUUUUGAUUUUAUCAAGUUUCGAACUACAUUAAACAAUAUCAAAGAUUUUUCUCCAGUGGUUACAUUAACAUCACACUCAACACGUUUGCAGCAACACACAACGAGUACUGAUAUAGAUGAAAACGAGUUACGUAAGAUGGGAAAUGAUUUUGUUCAAUAUGUUUUGGAAUCAUUAGAUAAUCGCUUUGAUGCAGAAGCGAAGGAAAUAAUUGAAAACUUGUGUGUGUUUUCUUCUCCAUCAAAUCAAUCACCAGAAGAUUUAAUGAAUAAUCCAUUAAUACAAAAAUAUACAUCUCCAAUUAGUUAUAAACAUAAAGGUGUCGAUGGAAAAAUAUAUGAACGUACAGAUCAACCUUUACUGAAUUUAAAAUAUUUAAAAGAUGACGUUUAUGCUUUUUCUAAAAUUACUGAAGGUAUUACCACGAUUCCAGCAAUCUUGUCAAAGUUAGCAAAGUUUGGUAGUGAACAGUGUCCCGAAUGGUUUCGGUUUUAUCAAAUACUUGGAACAUUUGCUAUUGGUUCAAAUGAAGCUGAACGUAUGUUCAGCACAUUGCGACGAAUAAAGACUUGGUUACGAAAUCGAUUAAGCGAUAAUACGGUGGAAAUACUAUUGAAAUUAUCUAGUCUUGAUAUACAAUUAACGGAUGAUGCUGUCAAUUUUAUUGUUGAAGAUUUCGUGAAAAAUCCAGGACGUGCAAAAUCACGAAACGUAGCGUUGUUUUUGGAAACUGAUCAAAUGAAAAAUGAUGAUGAUGAACAUUUUUCCAAUCUAUUUUAA